ACUGGAUUCGCCCGGAUUCACACUGGCGAACGCCUCCGCCCGAGGGCAAAAUCCGGACGAGAUCCCGGAUUCGCCCGGAUUCACACUCGCGAACGCCUCCCGAAGUCAACAAAGAUGGCAGACACAGCAACGCCCCUGCGCCCCGCCAGAGCCACCAAACAGUCUGGCAAGGACUCUGCGAGUGGGCUGUUGAUGUCCGUUAUUCGGACAUUAUCAGCAAGUGAAAACAAUGAGCAGAGGGAUCGUGAGAAGGCUCGUCUGGAGAAAGAGUAUCGUAAGAGUGACCAGCGAUUAGACCAGCUCAUAACAAGGCAUGAUCAGUCACUAAAGGAUGUUAUGCAGAUAUUUGGAGAUGUCUCAGGUCGGCUGGCUGACUCCAGAAAACGCAUUCGGACCAUUAAGGAAAACUUGGCAGCGUGUAAGCGUUUACUUCACUGUAAGCGUGAUGAGCUGAAGGAGCGAUGGUUAGAAGGCGUCGAGCACAAACAUGUGAUGCUUCUUUUGGAGCAAAUAGAUGAAGUUCGAGAUGUUGGUGAGCGAGUAGGUGGUUACAUCAACAAAAAGCAUUACCUUCAUGCAACACAGCUUUUGGUUACAUCCCUAAACCGUCUCAGGACAGACCUGAAAAUGGUGGAGGCAUUGAAGGAAGUAAAUUCAGAUUUGCAUGCCAGGAAGGAGAAACUACAUGACACCCUCAUAGAAGAGCUUCAUAGACACCUGUACCAGCGAUGGACUAAAGAAGUUUUGUCCUUAAGAAGGCAGGGGUCGGGACGAGAUUCGUCACAUACUCUCACUCGUGCUGGGUCUGACAGGGCAAGUCUGGGCACAGGAAAGGCUGAUAAAGCACGUAAAAAUCUAUUUGAGAUGAUGGCUCCAACUAAUAAAGUGAAAGGUUUAGGUGAGGGUGAGACUAUACAGGAGGAUGUUAGUGGAUCUGAUCCUGAGGCAAAUGCACAGCAUUUCAUGGCCAUCCUUGUUGAGUGCCUUGCUCUCUUAGGGAAGCUCCCAGAGGCAGUUGAGACAAUCAAACGUCGUAUGCAGAAGGAACUAGGUGUCAUAAUCCAGCGCACCACGCAACAAAUUGUGGAGUACCACCCUCCAGCGCCCCCUGAUGACCCUCCCAUAUCAGGUCAUGCUUACCUUAAAGCAGAUUCCCGUGAUGCGAAACUCUUGCAGGAACUCUUACAGGUGGUUUUUGAACAGUUUCGACUUGUGGUUGCAGCUCACCAAUCUGUUCUUGGCAGCAUGCGUUCUUCAGCUGACAAACAUGGCAUAGAAGUUCACCUUUAUAGCAUGCCUGAUGUUUGGUCAAAGGUUCAAGCUGCGAUGCAAGUUUUGCUAAGUGAAUACCUUGAUCUGAGUCAGCUUGGUAAUAGCCAGCAGCAAGCCCCUGCUGCGUUUACUGAAGCUGCAACAGAUAUAUCAUCAUUUUUCACAAAGAAACGCACUCCAAGAUCCAAGAAUUAUUCUCUCUUCAAGUUCGAGGCUUCAUACCAUGCCAUGACUAUGAACUCCUACCUCAUGGAACAAGCUGCAGAGCAAGGUGGCAUUGAUGGAAUAGAUGCAGCAGAUGGCAAUACAGCAAGUGCAGGAAACAGCAAAUCAAAAUCAGUAAAUGAGAAGACAUUGGUUUGCUCACCAUCACCCCACAACAUCACGGCUGUGUUCAACCCUCUCCUGUCUUUUAUCAGGGAGAUAGAAGAUGCCCUUGGAUGUUCACCAGGAACCCACUGUACACUCUAUGUUUUCAUCACUGACUACAUCAAAGAUGCCUUCCUAGCCCAGUUGCAUGUAGAGACAGCAGGCAGGCUGGAACAGGCCACCAAAGCUCUUGACCAGUGGCGCACAUGUAAAGAUCCACAGGUCCUCAAGGCACUGAAAAUUAGUCGACCACUCUUACAGAGUAGUAUCAGUGUGUGGCAAAGUAUUGAAGAACUGAGGUGGUUGCUUGGAGCUCUUCCACUCUAUGCUGACCACUUUGUGUCUAUGAUGUGCAACACCCUCAUGAACUACCGGGAAACAUGUCAGGCAGCUUACCGGGGGAUCACCCAACCUGACUCUGAGGACAAGAGAAUAAUUUCAGCAACCUGGGCUAAAGAUGAGGAUAUUAGCAGAUUCUUAAGAGACCUACCUAACUGGAGAGCUCUGCAAGCAGGUGUAACAUCUGAGUGUGCAAUUGAAGGAGAAGAAAACCCAGAAGAGGUGGGUGAGCGAAACCGUAAGGAAGCAGAGAUCUUGACAGGUAAUCUUGGAGACCAGUUGAUACCACAACAUGAGAUCUUGGCUGACCCUGCCCAGCUCCGGACUCUGGCACACUUACAAGAAAGUUUGGAAUGGUUUGGCACAUGUAUAGUUAAGUUUGCAACUUCAUUACCUGUAAAAUCAUCAUCCUCUGGCAUCUUGGUGUCAGGUGAAGUGCCUCCUGUGUCUGAUGCCUCUGUGCAGACACUCACCUCCCUUGCCAAGGACUUUGAGGAGUUGGCACAUACUUGUUUAUUGGUGCUACAUCUAGAGGUACGGCUGCACUGUUUCUUCUACCUGCUGCCAGUUGCUCGUGGAGGUGGUUUUGCAACAGGCCUAGACUCUCAAGAACCUGAUGGUGAAGUACUAAAAUUAAUCAAGGAUCUUGCUACUAUUGAUGAAGCUCUCACAAAUACAUUGCAUCCUCGAAAGUGCAAGUAUAUCUUUGAGGGCUUGGGUCCACUGAUAGCAAACAUCUUGAUGACAUCAGUGAUUCAUAUACGUCGCAUAAAUGAGAAUGGAAUAAAGAAGAUGUGUAGGAACAUCUUCAGCAUUCAGCAGCAGUUGACCAACAUUACCAUGACUAGAGAACUUGCUCUCGACCAAGCACGUCAGUACUACGAGAUGCUCUACCACACUCCAGAGGAGAUUCUGAAUGCCAUCAUGAACCGUGGAAAGCAGUUCUCUGAGCUAGAAUACAUCAAUGCCUUACAACUCCUUCAUCGAUCCUCUCCUGGAACGUCCCAAGAAGUCCUUCAUUCUCACCUUCAGCGACUCUCUGAAAUUUUGGGGGACAUUGGUGUCACAGUCUAGAAUCUUUUGAAAGUGAAAAAUAAUUCUUAUAUCAUGGAUAUAUAUUAUUAUAUGUGUGUAUAUAUACAUAAUGUAUUUAUAUACAUGGCAUUGUUAGAAUGAAAUCAGAUAUUGAGCUUUAUUGGUUUUAUAUUUAUUGUUAAUAAAGUAAUGAAAAAACAUUACUUAAAUUGUUGCUGUAGAUGGCAUGGAUAAGGUAAAAUAAAACACACUGUGAUACUUGUCA